CGCAGAGAAACACCCUUCCCUCCCUGUCCCGAGGCUGUCUCGCCUGAAUUUAUGUGUAUCACGAUCCACUAUAUAAGCGCCGAGCUGCUUCAAAUGUUAUGUCAAAUUCAACCAACACCUCAACAAUGAAGAUCACCUGUCUCAUCUGCACCUGCCUGCUGAGCGUGGCUUCGGCCCAGUUCAACAGGAGGCCCAACCCCAUCGGCGCUGCCCCCAUCUACAGGUCCCCUGAAGCCAACGCCGCCAUCCUCACUUACAACAACGACCAUGGCAUCAACGGUGACUACAGAUACAGCUACUCGACCAGCAACGGCAUCCAGUCCCAAGAGCAAGGCUACCUGAAGAACCCCGGCACCCAAGCCGAGGCCCAGGUCGCGCAGGGCUCCUACUCGUACACCGGCCCUGAUGGCAUCGUCUACACCGUCAACUACAUCGCCGACGAGAACGGUUUCAGGGCGGAGGGUCUGCACCUUCCCACACCUCCUCCUCUGCCUGCGCACGCUAUCGAGCAGAUCAGGUUCGCGCAGCAGCAGCAGGCGGCCGCCGGCGGCCGUUUCAGACAGUAAGCAGACCGACGAAGGAGGCGGCGGCCGGAGCUGAGACCGUCGCGCCCCCCGCCAGCCGGGGAGGCGAAACCCCCUGUAUUUGUGUUACCAAUCGCAAUCAAAAAAAUAAAAAUCGCAAAAACAGUUGUAUAAAAAAAGAA